ACUUAAAAUAUCACCAGUUUCGGUUUGGGGUCAUGUAAAUUUGGGGGACACAAAAUUUACAAGAGCAAACGAUAUUUUUUGGAAUUUUUCUAAAUUGCAAGUGAAAAAUUAAAUUAAAGUAACAAUGGGUGAUACUUCUGGUGAUGCUAAUGCUACAAAUAACGGCAAUGAAAAUGAUGACAAUAAAGACAAACGAUCAGUUAAAAUCGCAGUGGAAGGCGAAGAUGAAGUCGGUGAAGGAGAGAUUGGGCACAAGAAAAUGAAAAGAUUCCAACUGCCUGCCAAUUUGCCGCGAUGGUGGCAGGCCAAAGUUAUACAAUAUGCUUUCGCGCACCCGCAUGUCCGCGCCAGACUGGAAAAACACAUGGGCACCAACCUAGUACGGCUGACGGAUAAAUCGUACAUGAAUGAUCUGGAGGACAGAAUCCGCGAAGUUAUUGAGGAGAACCUCAAUAAACGUAUUUCUGAGAGGGUUAUGGAUGAAAUGGAAAGACUAAAACGUCUUAUUCUAAUCGGAAAAACACCAUUGCAAGAAUGUCCUCCAGAACUAUAUCACCAUCCAGUCUUCGUUUUUUGGAGAAUGGUCAAUAAAGAAGUCGCCAAGGCGUCAAAGAAGCGAGCCGAUGCUUAUUAUAGAAAAUUGAAGACUUCUCAAAAAGUUGAACAGUUCACGGAAGACGAAAACGUUGUUGAGGAACAAGAAGAAGGAGAGAAAUUGACGUCGGAACAGCUGUUGGAAAGGUGCCGACAGGAGAUUGAGGAUCAAAAGCAGGCUGAUAUCGAAAAGGGUGUGCGCUUCACCGACGAAAUGUACGCCACAAUCAAGUACGAAACUAAUGAUAUCAAGAAUCUUAAAAAUCUAACGACAGUCGAAGAGCUCUACGCACUCGCUGACAAAAUUAUCGGCACGAAACGUUUGUGAAUGAUUUAUUAUUUAAGAGUAACUUGCUAGUUCGCCUUUUUGGUUUCACUUGGUAAAAAUCCCAUCGGUAGGCAUGUUUUUUCAUAUUUACCUAUUGCCAAUCAAUGAAUAUCUAUUUAUAUGUUGAAAUCGCAUAAAAAUGUAAAGGUCAUAAAUGUAACGUAGGUAAGCAACGUGUUUGUAUUAAAUGUC